AUGUUCAAAAACUGUACAGUUUCCAUCAAGUGCUCAGAGUGUGGGAGCGAUCAACAUGCAACCGCGCUUCACCCUAGAGAUCGUGGUGAACCUAUAAAUCGUAAGGAGCAGAACAAGCCGAGUAGGCACAACGACAAAACCCCAAGCCAGAACGGCGGGGAGAAAUCUGUGGAGGUGGGAGUCGUGAAUAAAUGUACCCGCGUGUGUGGAGGAAAGAAGUUUUCUGGAAGGUCGUGCUCAAAAACUAUACUGGUAAAGGUCCACCCGACUGGAAAGCCAGAGCUGGCGAUCAAUAUGUACGCCAUUCUUGACGACCAGAGCAACCGCACGUUAUGUCGACCUGCGUUCUUCGAUGUUAUGAAUGUCUCAGGAGAGACAACGGAGCGGUACACACUCGUUUCGUGCGCAGGUGACCUCCCUACUCAAGGUAGAUGUGCACACGGAUUCUCAGUCUCUUCUCUGGACGGCGAAUUUAGCUUGUCAUUACCUGGGAUACUCGAGUGUGAUCAGAUUCCCAACAAUCGUUUAGAGAUACCCACCCCAGAGAUUACAACUUACCAUAGUCACCUGAAGGAUGUCGACCUUCCACCACUAGACCCUGGAACUCAAAUUCUCUUGUUGAUUGGUCGCGACGUGCCAGAGGCCCACCACGUGUGCGAACAGAUUAUUGGUCCAUCUAACUCUCCAUUUGCCCAGAGAUUACGUUUAGGCUGGGUCAUUGUAGGUAACGUCUGUCUUGGAACUACACAUCCUCCAGACUCAUCAGAUGUCUCUGUUCUUAAAACAAGGAUACUUGAGGACGGACGUCCCACACUGUUUCCACCAUGUGAAAAUCAAUUCAAAGUGAAAGGCGUUUAUGAGGAAUCAAACAUCGGACGGGACGUGUUUCAACAAACCCAGAAUGACAACAAAGUCGGCUUGUCUUUAGAAGACCGAGCAUUUCUUGAACUCAUGGACAAAGAGUUUACAAAGGAUUCUCAAGGUAAAUGGAUUGCUCCACUGCCUUUUCGGGAACCUCGUCCUAGACUACCUAAUAACAGGUACCAAGCCUUAAAAAGAGCUCAGAUCCUCGAUGCUUCUCUUCAGAGGAAUCCUGUCAAACGAGACCACUUCACUUCCUUCAUGAAAGGAAUCAUUGACAAUGGGCAUGCAGAAUUGGCUCCCCCACUUUCUGAUGAUGAGGAGUGUUGGUAUUUGCCACUUUUUGGCAUCUAUCAUCCCAAGAAGCCGGAUAAGAUUCGGGGAGUUUUCGACUCGUCAGCCAUGUACGAAGGUAUCUCAUUGAACCAAGUUCUGAUGAAGGGUCCGGAUUUGACGAACAAUCUCCUUGGCGUCCUCUUAAGAUUUAGAAAGGAAGCAGUAGCUGUGAGCUGUGACGUAGAGCAGAUGUUUUACUGUUUUGGCGUGAGGGAAGACCACCGCAAUUUCUUGAGAUUCAUAUGGUAUGAGGACAAUGACCCUGGGAAGCAGCUGGUGGAGUAUAGAAUGCUUAAGCACGUGUUUGGUAAUAGUCCUUCACCAGCCGUGGCCUCUUAUGGUCUUCUUAGGACAGCCAAAGAAGGGGAAAGGGAGUUUGGCAGUAACGUUCUCGAGUUCAUACAAGGAAACUUUUACGUCGACGAUGGGCUUACAUCACUCCUUACUGCUCAAGAGGCGAUCAGCUUACUUGACCAGACAAAGAAGGCCUUGAACACCAGCCAUAUCAGACUCCACAAAUUCACUUCUAACUGCGAGGAUGUUCUUAACGCCCUGCCGCCAGAGGAUCUGGCCAAUGAUCUGAGGAAGAUAGAGAUUGGCACUGAUGCCCUUCCUUCACAACGGAGCCUUGGUCUGUGUUGGGAGUUGGAAACCGACGUCUUCACAUUCGCUAUAUCCAAGGAGUCCAAACCAUAUACACGCCGCGGUGUCUUAUCCACAAUAAACCGUCUGUACGACCCCCUUGGAUUCCUCUCUCCCGAAACUGUACAAGGAAAAAUCCUCCUUCGAGACAUGGUAUCUGGUACUAUUGAUUGGGAUCAACCAUUGCCAGAGGAAUUCAAGGAUUCAUGGAAACAGUGGGACACUUCAGUCCAGGACUUAGAGACUUUCCAAAUACCUCGCAGAUAUCCGUCACAUAUCAACUCCGUAAGUGAGCUGCAUGUUUAUUCCGACGCGUCAGAGAGGGCAAUUUCUGCGGUCGCAUACCUCAAAUCUCUAGAUGAGGAUGGGCAACCACGCUUUAGCUUCGUUUUAGGGAAGUCGAAAAUUGCACCGCGUCACGGACACACCAUUCCCCGUUUAGAACUGUGUGCCGCGGUACUAGCGGUGGAAAUAGCUGAAGUUAUUACACAAGAAUUAUCUUUUCCCAGGGAACGCAUAUUUUUCCAUACAGACAGCAAGGUCGUACUCGGCUACGUCACAAACAGGACUCGCCGAUUUUACAUCUAUGUAGCGAACAGGGUGUGCAGGAUACUGGAAUUUUCAAAACCAGAUCAGUGGUUCUAUGUUUCUACGGAGAGCAAUCCCGCUGAUAUCGGUACUCGGUAUAUAGCUCCAGCCCUUUUGGAAAGGAGCAUGUGGAUUCAAGGACCUCCUAAACCAGACUCUCCAGAGAUUGAGCCAUCAUCUACAUCAUCCUCACUCUUCCCUUUGGUCGCACCAGACGAAGAUGUAGAAGUUCGACAAGAAGUUGUCAAGGUCAUCAAAACGGACAUAGAGGACGUCGACAAACCUCCCAGUCAAAACACCACAAUUGUGCAGGAUGGCACAAAUGUGACACUUAACCGUUCGGUCGAAAGUCGUGCAGCAGCAGAAGUGUUUAUCGUCAGAGAGCUUCAAAGGGGAUUCUAUGGGGACAUCAGGAAAUGUCCAAAGGAACUAUCUCCCUACCUGGAUGAGAAUGGCAUAAUACGUGUUGGAGGAAGACUUAAAAAGUCGGAGUUACCUAGAGGUGAAAGGAACCCUAUCUUGAUACCUGGACGACAUCACGUCGCUACACUGUUAACUCGUCACUUCCAUUACUCUGUCCAACACCAAGGGAGACAUCUGACAGAAGGCGCUAUAAGAUCUGCAGGAUUUUGGAUCACUGGAGGGAAAAGACUAGUGUCCUUCGUGAUUCAUCAUUGCAUGAAGUGCCGUAGACUCCGCGGGAAGUGUGCUGAACAGAAAAUGGCGGAUCUUCCAACUGAGCGAGUGACACCUAGCCCGCCAUUCACAUACGUCGGCGUUGACGUAUUCGGGCCUUGGAAUGUUGUAACCCGCAGGACCAGGGGUGGUUCGGCAGCUAGCAAACGCUGGGCAGCGCUUUUCACGUGUUUGUUUUCUCGGGCUGUCCAUAUCGAGUUGCUUGAAGAAAUGAGCUCUGCAUCAUUCAUAAAUGCUGUCAGGAGAUUUUACGCUAUCAGAGGGAAAGUCGCCGAGUUUCGCUCCGACAGAGGUACUAACUUUAUUGGUGCUACUUCAGACCUGGGAGCUACAGCGAUCUUCAUUGAAGACCGGCAAGUCAAGGAAUUCCUUCGUGAGUCCGGUACAAUCUGGAAAUUUAACCCACCGACAGACACCGAUAACCCAUGUAUCCUUUCUCCAGCAACUAUUUUGACACAGAAAACUGGGAGUCAAGUAGAGUCGUUUGGAUACUUGGGUCAUAAGGACAUGUUUAGAUCACAGUGGAAACACGUACAGGUGCUAGCGGAGAAUUUCUGGAAUCGAUGGCGUAAGGAAUUUCUACCAUUGUUACAGACUAGGAGGAAAUGGAAACACGAAUCUCCAAACGUGGAGGAAGGAGACGUUGUCCUUAUGAAGGAUGAACAAGUCGCACGCAAUGAUUGGCCUCUUGGCAUCAUCACUCGUACCUUUCCUAGUGAGGAUGGACUUGUUCGAAAGGUCGAAAUUCAAAUAUGUCGAGGGGGAAAGAAGUCAACUUUAGUCCGUCCGGUCACUCAGAUCGUGAUUCUCCUUUCAAAGGAUAAAGAAAUAUUAUCCCAUGUUUUACAAGGAUUUGUUCAAAGUGACACGUGCACGGAAGAUGGUAGUGUGUUGUACCGGAAUCUUUCUCUCAACAAGCCAGCGAAUCAAUCCACCUUCUUCGAGCCUGUGCGUGCUGAUGUUCCAAUAGGUUUUGCUUGGAGGGCUAAUGACGGAAAUAAGAGCUCUGAAUACACAAAAGGAUCCUGUAGUCACACGGCUAUACAACCGGGGAAUCACUGGUGGCAAGUAGAUUUACAAGGCAUCUACAACGUCACUUCCGUCAAUAUCGUUAACAGAGCAAUGAACAACGAACGUUUGAGAGAUUUUGGUAUCGAAAUGUCCAUGUCUGACCAAGAUGAUGGGAAUGGACACCUUGUAGGAGCUAUAACCUGCCACUACCACCCUGGGGCCGGUAUUGGGAGGAGUGAGGAGCGAGCAUUUCCGUGUACAGCGGGGACAGUAGGGAGACAUGUGCGCAUUUACAUGCUGGAUAAUUCCGUUAAGACCCUAACUCUUUGUGAAGUGGAGGUGUCAGGCUACAAAAUGACAUGUGACGUCAGCACCAAGAAAGACGUAACGUCUACGUCAUCAUCAACCACAACUGAGGUAACGUCUACGUCAUCACCAACAAUCACAUUUCCAGAUACAACAAAUGAUCCUGCCAUAUGUAAUUGUCGAUGCGUGAAUACGACAGUCCUCACGGUUCCAGAACUGAUCGAACGAGUCAACCAGUUAAAGAAAGAAUUGACAACGGACAAAAAACAGACAAUUUCCUACCGCCGAAAACUAAUUAGUGCUCAGGAUAACCGGACAUCCGCCAAGGGUAUCGGUGCUGUUCUAGGGGUGGGAGGUUUGGUGUUUAUAUUUGGCAGUAUUUUAGUAAUGGACCUUCUUCGUCUAAAGAGAUUUUUACUUUGUAUAAAUCACUAA